UCUGUGUCCCAGACAGGAAAUCUCAGCAGGUGUCAAAUGCGUCUUUUCAUUGACAAAAAUGAAGAUUAGCACAAGAGUACUGUACAAUUUGUUAAACUCACAUUUCGGUUUCUUUUGGCAAAUUUUUAAUGUCCUUCCCAAAAGUCGAGCCUGUUGUAUCAAUUAAAUGACGUCAUAUUUGUGUGUGGCGAGCAGGGUUAUGUCACAAGUCCAUAUGACAUCAUGGCCAGGGUCAACUAGUUUUAACAACUUCACCUGUUUUGGAUGUCAUUACACAUGCAACAGUACUAAAACGGCCCAUUACCUUGGCAUGUAACGCUGUUGUUAAAAUUUAACAACCCUCUGGCGUGCACACACACACGCACACACAUUUAUGACAGCCUCGCUUAACUGUUUGCUUUGGGAUGUCCCUACACUGUAAAAUGAGCCAAAAGAAUCAGCAAAGAGGCGCCAUGGGGGCCGUGAUCUCACGAUGGAAGACAAAACCAACCGCAGUGGAGCAGCUGGAGAACCUGGACAAGGAGAUAAAAGAGCUGGAGGAAUUUCGAGCCAAAAACCAGCGACUCCAAAAGUUGUGGGUGGGCCGGCUUCUCCUCUACUCGUCAGUCUUCUACCUGCUGACCUUUCUGGUGGUCUAUUGCCUCUACCUGCCUGACCAAUGGCUUCGCAGAUUAGCCAUGGCGCUGCCUUUCUUCCUGUAUCCGGUGCUGGUGUGGUUCAUCCGCAAAUUGCUCAUUUUUCUUUUCUCGAAACGUACGGAGAGGAACAGUGACAUCCUGGAAGAAUUGAAGGUCACCAAAAAAAAGAUAUUAGAAGAAGUGAUGGAAACGGAGACAUACAAAAAUGCCAAACUCAUCCUGGAACGCUUUGAUCCAGACGGAAAGAAGAAAGCAGAGCUGGAGUCAACCCCAGUGCGACCUCAGAUGACUCCCAGGCCAGGACAAGACAUUCGCCAACGUGGAGUGGCCGGGAGACCCCCGGGAACCCCUGCUGCCGUGCUGAUGACGCCCUCGCCUGGAGGUCGACCCACGCCGGGCCCCGGGGCGACACCUGUCGAAUGUGUCCUUCUCUCAGCUCCAGGCGGUCCACCCGAGAGAGGUGCCCUGUCCGCCGCUGUCCACCAGGGGGUAGUAGCCCGAAGCCCCACCUCCCCUAUACCGGGUUUAGGCCUGCACCCUCCGGGUCCACCCCUGGCGAGGCCCGUUCUGCCCAGAGAGAGGGGCGCUUUGGACAGAGUGGUUGAGUACUUGGUGGGAGACGGACCACAGAACAGAUACGCUUUGAUCUGUCAGCAGUGCUUCUCCCACAAUGGCAUGGCCCUGAAAGAAGAGUUUCAAUACCUCGCCUUCCGCUGCGCGUAUUGCUACUUCCUGAAUCCCGCCCGGAAGACGCGUCCGCAGGCUCCCAGGCUUCCGGAGUUCAGCUACGAGAGGAAGCUGCGGACCGAGGUGCUGUCUCCAGGACCGACACCGCGCUCUGGCGCUGACACGGAGGAGAGCGCGCCCCCCUCUGGAGCCAAGGCGCCGGCGCCGUGGAGUUUGGUCCACAGUUUCCCUGUCCAGCAGAACCCUCAGAAUCGAGCUCGGCAGAGUCCAGACGAGCAGGAGCCGCCGGGUGAAGGCCGCCGAGCUCACGCAGAAAUCACAGAGGCCGAGAGCCGGGUGGAGGAGGAGACAGACGAAGCGGAAGAAUCUGAGGAGCUGGUCCAGGAAGAGGAAAAGGAGGACAAGGAAGAGAGAGACAAAGACUCCCCCGCUCAUGCACCUCAUCUGUCAUAGCUGCGCAGGAAAAAGGUGUUUGCACUCGCCGCCACAGACAGUAGAAGCUAAAUGCUAAACGGCAGGUGGAUGAUAUUUCUUUUUUUUUUUGUGCCCCUAUUUAUGAUUAAGUCUUUCAUGCGUGAGUUGCUGUUUGAAGGCAAAUUACAUUCCUGAUGCCUAUCAUCAUCAGGAAUGUAAAAAGUUAUGCAAAGGCUAUGUUAAUAACAUGUUUCAUGAACUUAGUAGCCCACCUCCACCAUCAAAAAAGUUACGUUUUUUUCCUUUAUCUCAUGAAAUCAUUGGCAAAUUAAUUAUUUUGAUAACACAUAUAAAGCAUAUCAUCAAAUAAACAAUUUAACAUUUAAAUUGUAUCUAAUCAAAUCAUUUUUGAAUUGACGAAAUCAUGAAAUAACAUGAAACGUAGUUAUCCGUCAAGAAAUAAGAAAUUGGAGUGAAUGAAUUCAUUGUU